AGCGGAGCGAAUUUGAGGCGAGACUUUCCCCCGUUUUUUACCUUGUACUUACCCCCGAUAGAAAGAAAGUAGCAAUAAAGAUCCGAUACACCACUAGACAUUCCUCGUUGACCACGAAAAUGGUGUAGUAGAUCGAAAAAUGCUCUGAAUCAAAUCGAUACCUAGAAAGCUUCAUCCCACCCUGCUACAACAAGCCAGCUGCAGAGCGCCUGCUUUUCUCAGAACCCAAGCACGGCCUGCUGUCUCUCAGAGUAGAACAGGCUAUCCCACCACGGCACCUCCCUUUUGCAACAAACCCGGCGAGGCACCCCCUGGCUGCUCCACCCCCGCGGAAAAAAUGGUUUGGCAAUUAUAGUGGGUAAAAGAGAAAGUUACUCGUGACAUUAUGUCCAUGAGCAUCCUUUCUCUCCUGACGGGGGCUCCCACGAACAACAGCAGCACUGCCGCUUCUUCGAGUUCCAAGGAACAAGAGCACGAGAACGAUUCUGGCACAAUGAAGGAACAGCAACUGGAGCAGGUCCAUGAUUCGUCGGAGCCCGUGAAAGUUAUCGGCCUCUCUGGAAGCAAGAGCAACAUCACGAACCAGCGCAGCAGCAAGGGCAGUUCCAUAACCAAGGACCACCUCGGGUCGUCGUUUCACUCAGUGAUGGCGAAGGACACCCUCCAAGAGCAGACAAGUUAUAUUUCCGUAGGAGCAGGAGGAAGACCCGCUCAGAAUAACUCUUCUCUUGUAGACGAAGCGACCACAGGCGGGCCCGCCCCUACGAGCGCGUUGUUUUUCGCGAAUGUGAGUGAGGCCGAUAUGAUGCGCGAUGACGAGGAGGAUGACGAUAUAGACGAUUUGGCCCGGGAAAGCUCCUUCCGGAGCACGAGGAGCCGCAUUAGCACUUCGAGAACAGGUGGACCGGGUGUGAAGAAAAAAGAUGCGAUAGUGCAGCCCACUUCUACUACUUCGCGAGGAGCAGGAGGUCGCUUUCAGCCGCCGCGCAGGGGCCAACUUCAAGUACGGGAGAAACAGAACAUCAAGCAGGGAAUGUUGUACAGCAGCUAUAGGAACGUGAACAAUUCGAUCACUGGACCACCGCUCGUAUUAAAGCUGGGCAAGCAGGACACCGUGGUGUCGACGAGAAAGCUGCGCGCACUGGAAAGACGAGCUGAGCGGAACAGGGAGCACGAAGACGUGCUCUGGUCGAGGAUCCACGUUCUGGAAGAGAUGCUGUAUACUGAGAAAAGCAACUCCAUUGUUUCGGGAACACAAACAACCGGAGCGAAUAGUGCUGCGGCAGCAGCUGCCAAUAAGACAGAAACCGCUUCCAACAGCUCGUCCUCAACCACUGCCGAUUUCGACGCGUCCGGCGCCUCUUCGUCCGCGUCCAACGGGUCUAAAACCAACACCAAAACAGCACCUCCAAAUCCUGGUCGUGCCUUCGCCGCGGUCUCGCUGAAUCUGAAACUGGACGACUUCCGAGACCACGACGAGGGUCAACCUGCAGUCGAAGUGGUGCAAAUAGAGCACAGCGACUCGAUUCUCACCGCUCUGUACGCUUUCGCGACGCUGGCACAAGUGCCACACGAAGAAGUAGACCAAUUUGUGGCAGAUGAGAAGGCAGAAGAGGUGGAACAUUUGGACCACCAGCCUCGUGCGGACGCCGAAGCAGAAGACGGUGCCGCGAAGGACGGCAACAAGCCUACCGCCAAAGCGGGCGUGGACGGGGAAAAUGAAAGCACGCAGGGAGAAGCAGGAGGGGAAUCUUCUGAAAUGAAGGGUAAGAAAACAAAAGCGGCAGAAAAUAGUGCGACAAGGAGUUGCGCAAGUAGUAGAGUGGACGUUCACGGGGCUUUUGAUGUCGUUGCGCAACAAUUGUACCAGGUUAUGUUUGACAAAGAUCGCGAAAUCUACGCACUGCGCGAGGAGAUGACGCACCUGCUGCACGGUGGUGGUGCACCGCAUGUAGUUGACAACAUGCAUAUACAACAGCACGAACAGCAUCCGCUCGUCUCCAUGAACGAGCACGGCAGUUACAAUAGCAUGCAUGGGCUGCAAUGGGGACCUGGAAUUGACAAUCACGGGAAUCAUCUUUAUCAGGAUAAUUAUCAUGAUCCCAACAGCCUAGACCAACGUGGUCACCCGUAUUACCAUUCCGGACCGCCCGUUCCUCACAGCGACCCGCAGCAUCCCGGCAAUCAGCUGGUGACGCCGAGCCCACGGGACAAUUACAGCUCCCAGGAUCUGAAUUUCAGUGAGCACACGAACGAUAUCAACGUGAGCGGGGGCCACAAUAGCCCUUACAAUGUGAUGCCGCAACACAGCAAUUCGUCGGUCCCACCACCACCCUCUAGUCCGAACCCGAUGGUGGACCGCAGAUUUGUGGACUACUACCAACCGGCUGUUCCUGCUAUUUCCCCACCCGCGCCCCCGCAGAUGGAGCAGACAUCGAUGGUGGAACAGAUGGGAGACAUAAACAGUAACCUCCUUUUGCAACAAGACCAACUGAACAUGCAGCAAGAGCCGCAACACUCACAUGUGAGGAACGACCAGCACUACAUCCCGCCCUGCCCGUCGCCCGAGCUCGCCGCUGGGUUCGAGCAGCAGAACUUCGAGCAGAAUGGCGUCAACAUGGACCAACAUCUUCCCCAUAAUCCCUACGACUUCGAUCCGGUGGACCGUGCAGUAGGUGCUAACAUGGACCAGCACAUGGAACCGUCGAUGGAGCGCGGAGCACCAGGAGACACUGCGUUCCCUUCUUCCACCUCGCGAUCGCCAGCCCCGUCCCCCACAUCCGGCUACCGGAGAAGUCGUCGGGGGGAGCGCGAGCAGCGGAUGCUGCGCGAACAUGGCAACAUCGAGCCUCUGCCGCCGGGCGCCCAGUCGCCCUAUCCCAUUCCACAACACGUUGUGAUGCAGCAGCCGCCCCGCGAGCGGGACAACUACCAAAGGGAAAAUCAAAGGAGCAUGUCGCCGCUGGAAAGGAACGUCACUACAAGUGGUCAACAACUACCCGGAGCACCGGCGGAAAACAUGGUCAACAGCUUGAGUCCGAGCGUGCGGGAAAGAGACAUGUUGAAUCGUUCGUCGGGCUCGGGCAGUGCGUCCAUCGGGCAACAACUGCGGACGCUGGCCCUGGAGAGCGCGCGCGAGUACUACGCUACCUCGAUGUACCGCGGAGAGCAGGUCCACGGGCAGCAGGAGACGCUUUUUGAUUCGUUCUUCGAUAAAGAUCGCGGCAAUGACAGUCCGCCGCCGCCGCCACCUUCGGAUGGGCCGAAGCCAUUCAUAUACGGUGCCUUUGGCUUUGGACCGGUAAAGAACUGACGAUAACUUUACUUAUUUCCCCUCAAUAUCUUCAUCCUGAUUUCAGUAUUUGGUUUUUUAAUGUUUUCAUGAUUUGGUUUAUUAGCAUGAUGUUGAUGACAAAUGAAAAGAAUGCGAAAAAACGAAAACCUCAGGGCGAAUUGGCCAACAUGGGCCGUCCGCUAGAUCGCAUGGACUAUAGCCCGCCGCUUUCCCCGCACGGGAGCCCGGGACGGCGCAACAAGGAGAACCGAAAGUUAGACACGAAUAGCUACCGCAGCUUCUUCAGUGGCAAGAACGAUCCGAUGGUUCUUCGCAAGGAGAAGCUGCAGCGCGUCGCGCACACCAAUAACGGCGUCGGUCCCGCCCCAACGACAUCCGCGAACCCACCGCCCCCAGGUCCACCGCCACCGCAGCAACGUCCGCCACCACCCGUUGGGGGUCCGCCGCAGCAGCGACCACCGCCUCCAGGUUCGGUCAUGAUUAUGGUCCCGACAGGAGCAGCAGGAGCCGGUAGUGCUGGCCCGACCGGUGCCCUUCCGCCGGGACCGCCGCCACCCGAAGGGGUAGACAUGAUUGUUCAACAUCAAGACCAACUAGUUUCCCCUCGGAGCAACAUCGGCGGCGUUGUACCGCCCGCGCCGCCGGGACACCAACCGCCGCCACCGAUGAAUAACCGCGGCGCGCCUGUUGGUCCACCCGGGUCGAUGAACAGUGCAGGACCUCCGGGGGCCGCUCUUCCACCAGGAGGUCCAUCACCGCCGCCAGUGGUCUCAGUCAGAGAUAAAAUCAACGGCGUUAGCGGGGAUCCGAGUAAGGGCCCGAUUCCGGUUUCCAUUCGGGACAAGAUCAACGGCGUGAGUCCGUACGACGUGUUCCGGAAGUCACAGCAGUCCGCUGCCAUGCUGAUCAACACGAACCAGUUUCGCGGGCCGCCGCAGAUAAUGCAGCCGCCCCCGAUGGGCGGGCCCCCGGGCCCGCCGCCGCCGCCCCCAAUGAACGGCGUUUCUCCGCCGCCACCGAUGGGCGGUCCACCGCCCCCACCUCCGCCGAGCGGGCCACCCGGGCCGCUUCAAGGGCGUAGACCGCUAGACCCGCCGACCGCGGCAACGAUCGACUCGUUUCUCGAACAGACGUCGGGACAAAACGGCUUGCAACUGCAAGACGCCGCGUUUCCGUACUUGGACAGAAACAUGCAGAUGAACAACAAACCAGGGCGGGGGCACAAGCAUCACGCGAAGCGAGGACCGAUGGGCCCCGGUGACAUUGGAAGUCCGACGGAAAUGGGCGACGCAAGGGAGUUAGAGCGCGCUUUGCGCGGGUUUCUGCACGAACAACAUCAGUGAGCAGUCGAGGGUUUGAUUAUGAUUUAGCUAUUCCUGUACUACGUUUUUAGUUUGAUAUUCAGAAGGAUAUUUUUCUAUUUUGACACAAUAGCACAUAGGGUAGCGUCGACCACCGGCGCUCGUUCGAAAAUUUUUAGCAUUUUACUUUUAGAUUUACUUCAAGUUCAAAUGUACAGCAUUCAUAUGCAAAAAACUAUACUUGCUUUUGAAUUUGACAUCAUAUUCAUUUUUUUGUUUUUCAGACAUACAUGCAUAGGAUCAAUUUUCACUUGGCAUAACAUGCCUCAAUAUUCCAUCCCCACCGUAUCUGAUCUCGCCCCUUACUUCAACCUGUUGUACCUGUUUUUAACUUUUUGGCCCUUUGGUACCCCCAAAGACGAUUAGCAAAAGGAACCCCAUUUUCGCUUUUCACUCCACCAGAAAGCCCCACCACCACUGAAGUAAGUUCCCCAUUUUUAUUUGCCCGUGAAAAAACAUAAAAAAUAAAAAAUACAAUUCGCGAAGUGUCUUGCUGGGUGAUUUACACAGCGAGCUACUGUAUGUAGGAAGCAUGUGCCUCCACCUUCUAGGGCGCUUUAGAUUGCGGUUAGAGAGUACUUGAGAAUGAGGCGGGCAUCUCUUUACAGGAGGACCGCGUCACCAGUUGCAAUUGAAAAAGAGCGACUGCGAAGUGCGCUUUUCUCUGAACGAGAACCUGGACGCAUCUGAAGUACCGCUUUGAAGGCAUCGCACAUGAAUUUUUGUCACGAAAC